AUGCGUGCAGCUGAUGCUGUGAUUCUGCUCUACUCUUGCUCGGAUUCUGCCAGUCUUCUCGCAGCGAUGUCAAUUCAUCGUCAGUUGGCUGCCGUUAGCGAGAGCCGGAAACCUUGCGUCCUGCUUGCGAAUGUAAUUGACGGAAUCUCGCAAAGAUACGUGACUCGCGAAAUGGGAGAGAAGACAGCUCGUAACAUCCGGGCCACCUAUCUGGAGACCAGUCUCUCGAUGCAAGACGGGAAUGUCUCAAAGGCUGUGGAACACCUUUGUCGUACGGUGGUCAUGAAGAGGAGGAAUGCCGACGGAAAGGACGUCUGUGCAGUAAUGUAA